GCCGCGGCCCUCGCGUUGGACCCGCGGCCUCCGCGCUGUCACGCCGUGUCACUCGCCCAGCCCCGGCCGGCUGGAAACCCGCUUCCUGAGCUCACUUUCCCGGCUGCCGCGUCGGGUUCUCUGAACUCUGACCCUCUCCGGCACGGGGACCAGCAGGAGGGGGCGGCAACCUUACUCCUCGGCGGGCGCGCGUCCCGCCGGCGUCCCCGGAGCGACCCAGCCGCGUUCCCUUGGGCCACCCGUGGGUGACGGGCCCUGUUCGCUGUCCCGGAGCGCGAGCUGCAAAAACUUCUCUCCGCAGUUGCCUUGCCACCCAGAGACGUGAGGAAAGAAGGGAAGGAGCGCCCUGAGCCUCUGUGGGCAUGGGAUCACCCUGGAAUCCGGAGAAACCAGGUUAGGGCUGCUCCUUCGCUGCCCUGGCUCUGCUGUAAACGUCUUAGGAAAUACAGGCUGGGGACAGGAUUCUGUCGGAGUCUUGCACUUGCUUUCCACGCUGCUGGCCUAUCAUAUUUACUACAUGAGAGUGGCAGAUCAUGUGCUUAUUUGUUGAAGCUUAUCCUAAGUGAAAUACCUCUUGGUUCAGCCUCAUAAAGAGGUCACAAAGUGGGCUUUCAGGAGAAAAUGCUUUCAAAACAGACAGCAGCCCUGGGGACAGGAUGGGAAUCAAUGAAUGUACAACUGGAUGGGACAGAGCCUCAGGUGGAAAGGGGAAGCCAGGAAGAAGGGCCAUGGAACACAGCACCUGGCCCGUGGCCAUUGGAGCACGUGUGCUACAGCCUUGAAGAGGAGCCACAGUCCCUCCAGAAGGCUCAGUCUGCUCCCUGGGUUCCUGCAAUUCCCCAGGAGGGGAGCGCCGGAGACUGGGAGAUGGCAGCUGCACUUCUUGCAGCCGGAUCACAGGGCCUGGUAACCAUCAAGGAUGUGUCACUGUGCUUCUCUCAGGAAGAGUGGCGGAGCCUGGACCCCUCUCAGACAGACUUUUAUGGAGAAUAUGUCAUGCAGGAAAAUUGUGGAAUCGUGGUCUCUCUGAGAUUUCCAAUUCCCAAACUGGACAUGCUUUCUCAAGUAGGAGGAGGAGAAGAACAGUGGGUCCCUGAUUCCCAGGACUUCGAGGAGAGAGACAUCCUGAGGGUCACGUAUACAGGAGAUGGAAGUGAGCAAGAAGGGGACACCCCUGACCUGGGAGCAGAGCCUCCCAGAAUGUUAUCCAGCGUGUCUGAAGACACCGUUCUCUGGAACCCAGAGCAGGAUGAAAGCUGGAAUGCCACACCCAGGAGCUCUAGAGGCGUGCUCCUCGGCCCACCUCUUCUUCAGGAAAAUAGCUUCUCAAACCUGCUGUGUAGCUCUGAGAUGGAUACCCUGUUAAGACCCCACACGUGCCCCCAGUGUGGGAAACAGUUUGUAUGGGGCUCCCACCUUGCCAGGCAUCAGCAAACACACACAGGAGAGAGGCCCUACAGUUGCCUCAAGUGUGAGAAAAGUUUUGGACGAAGACAUCACCUUAUCAGGCACCAGAAAACCCACCUACAUGACAAGCCCAGCAGGUGCUCGGAGUGUGGCAAGAAUUUCCGAUGCAACUCCCACUUGGCCAGCCACCAGAGAGUGCACGCAGAAGGCAGGUCCUACAAGGGUCAAGAGGUUGGCGAGAAUGCUGGGGCUAGGGGAGGGCAGCAUGUGGUGCCAGCACCCAAGUGCCACGUGUGCACUGAGUGUGGGAAGAGCUUUGGCCGAAGGCACCACCUGGUGCGACACUGGCUGACCCACACUGGGGAGAAACCCUUCCAGUGCCCUCGCUGUGAGAAGAGCUUUGGCCGCAAACAUCACCUGGACAGGCAUCUGCUGACCCACCAGGGACAGAGUCCCCGCAGCAGCUGGGACAGAGGGACAUCUAUCUUGUGAGAUCCGUUUCUGCUAUAGCUAUGAUGAAGUAUACCAGCCGGUGCUACCAGUAGUCACUGCCAGAGCUGCCCCUCUCCUUGCACCCCAGGGGCCAGAAUAGUGAGCCUGGUCCUGUCCCUGGAGCAGCACUCAGCAGUUCUGUGAGAUGGUACAUACCAGCAGUGCUCUCUGGGCACAGAUUGAGAAGUGGUGUGCGUUACCUGGGCUGGUGUUCAGCCUAAGUGCACUUGCACGGGUAUGACGUUAGCAGUCAUAGCUGAGAUCGGUCUAAUUGGUUGGAGUCUAUGCCGUGCCCAUUGUUAAAUAUUUUAGUAUCAACCUUGCAAACCAAUUCUAUUCUCUCUAUAUAUGUGUAUAUAGAGAAAGACCACUUUAGCACAUUAAAGGCUCGGAAAACUCCAGCAGUAAACAUUUAGCUUCUCUUAAUGCAAUGUUUCCUAAAUUCAUUUGACCUCAGCAUCCUAGUUUGUAUCCCACAGAACUGGUGACUCCUUGAAACACUGGUGAACACUGAGUUACACAGAAUUGGGA